AUGGGUCGCUCGAGCAGAACCCUUUACGUCGGUAACCUUCCCGGUGACAUUCGUGAGCGGGAGGUGGAAGAUCUGUUUUACAAGUAUGGAAGAGUUGUGCACAUAGAGUUGAAAAUCCCGCCCAGGCCUCCUGGUUAUGCAUUUGUUGAGUUUGAAGAUGAACGUGAUGCUGAAGAUGCCAUUCGAGGGCGUGAUGGCUAUGAAUUUGAUGGACAUCGCCUACGGGUCGAGCUUUCUCAUGGUGGACGAGGCAACUCGUCGUCAACAGAUCGUUACAGUGGAAGUCGGGGUUACCGUGGCGGAGUGUCCAGGCGUUCGGAAUACAGAGUUAUGAUCACUGGCUUGCCUAGUUCUGCGUCAUGGCAAGAUCUCAAGUACUAUAUCCGGCCUAACACGACUCGGCCCAACAUAAUUCGGCCCAGCACGGCUCGACCGUCGACCCCCCUCGACCCACUCAACCCCCAAACCCAUCGACCCUUAACCCUCGACCCUAUCGACCCACAAACCCUCGACCCCCAUCGACCCCUAUCGACCCACAAACCCUCGACCCCCAUCGACCCCUAUCGACCCUUGGACCGCCGACCCAUGGGGCCUAACGGUCAACGCACGUAA